AUGGCUUCAUCUUCGCAUCACAAUCCCCAGAUCGGCACACCAGCACUAUUUGAUUCCUUCAUAUUUGAAAGUAUCGGCCUCAUGCCGCUUUAUGGUGAUUUUGUUGGCGUGGACGAUGUCGACUUCAUGGCGUAUUUGGCUCUGGGACAUGGGCCGGCAUUGUACCCUCUAUACACGAGUUCUUCCUUAGAGGUCACACAGAGCAAGGAAGUCCCUGUGUAUGUCAGUUCCUAUAUUGCUUCGGACACCGUGAUGUCGGACGACAUAGGCCACGCCUACCGUUCCAAUGACGCUACCUUCACGUCUACGUCAGACAGUGUUGGUCAUGCGAUCAUUUCUAAUGAGUAUAUUGCUUCGGACACCAUGAUGUCGGGCGACGUAGUCCGCGCCUACCGUUCCAAUGACGCCGUCAUGACAGAUACACAUUAUGGUGAUCGACAUAUGACAUCCGAAGAUCUAACUAGCGACAAUACAUCUGAGGUAGUCAUGUCGAACUCGCCCACCAUCUAUUCCUGGAUUUCAUACUCGGCUAACAUGACGGAUAAUGGCGCCCCCAGUGUCUGUCAAUCUCGUGCAGACCGCAGACACACUCGGACCAAAUCCAACAAGAAAAAGGCAGAAAAAUCAGCUAAAUCCGAAAAGUCAGCUAAACCCGAACAGUCAGCUAAACCCGAAAAACCAGCUCCAUCUGAAAUGGGCCUCAAAAGCGUUAUGAAAAAAUACCCAGGGUGGAAAGUGGCCUUUGCCCACCUCCGGUCCUUACUACGAAUAGCGGUCUGCUUAGGCAGAGUCGGCAAUCCCCACCUACUCAAUUUUGAACGGAAGGCAGAUGCUAUCCGUGAUACCUGGCCUCAAGCUCUCCUUCUGGCCAAUAUCAGGGCUGAUGAUUUGGAAGAAGUUGCGUCGCUUACCAGCAGCACUCCUAUGUCUCAUGAAAAUGUGUUGAAACUCGCCAAUCCUUCGCUAUCAGAGUUUAUAUACGAUGCCAGGCACUUAGCGUUGUGCACAAUCGGCCACUCUCAUGCAGGCUUUGGCUUUGACGACGUACCUGCGGGUGUAUUGUUGCUUGACCUAGUCCAGGGUGUGCUUCAGCAGUUCAUGAGACCAAAAUCAAAUAGAUUUCCGAUCAAAGAUAACGGGUUUGCUUGGUUCUUUGGCUGCCAAAUAGCCAAGGAGAUCAUGUGGCACAUUAUUUUUCGUUCUUCUCCGACUCAUGGUGUUCGACUCGUGUUGGCCGAUAUGGAGCCGGCAACAUUCAGAAAUGUUGAUCAUCCGCCGUUUCCAACUAUGUCUCUGUUGGGGUCUAGUUGUUACAGUGCUGUUCUGGAAAAAUACUCGGACUUAACAAACAUCCCCGUCGACCUACUUACACAGUAUCCAGCCACAGAAGAUGUGUACGACCAACUCUGCGAGACGGCUGUCGAACUUGUGGGGCAGUCCGAUGACGAGGAUCACCCGAAACUCAUGACCGACUUGUCUAACCUAUGCAGGAUUGUCAUCGACGAUGUCUAUCGGCUUGGCCGACCGUCAAAAAAGUCUUGUCUUGGAAUGCGCAUCGAUAUCCAUUGA